ACAAACAAUUACUUUUGAAUUUGCCAUCACAAAUCUCAAAGUGAUGGCUACGAGGAGGCACUUGAUUGUGCUGGCUCUUAUUGUGCUCUUCAUCUCCUUUGAAGUAAGCAGCAUUCUUGCCCAAAACAGUGGCAAUGCGAGUGGCAACGGAAAUGGGGGAGGCAAGAAUGGAAAUGCUAAUGGCAACGAGAACGCUGGAGGCAACAACGGAAACGCUAACGGCAACGGAAAUGGGGGAGGCAAGAAUGGAAAUGCUAAUGGCAACGAGAACGCUGGAGGCAACAACGGAAACGCUAACGGCAACGGAAAUGGUGGGGGCAAAAACGGAAAUGCUAACGGGAACGGGAACGAUGGAGGCAAAAACGGAAACGCUAAUGGGAACGGAAAUGGUGGGGGCAAAAACGGAAACGCCAACGGUAACGGUAAUGAUGGAGGAAAUAACGGAAACGCUAACGGGAACGGGAACGGUGGUGGCAAAAAUGGAAACGCUAACGGCAAUGGAAACAGUGGCGGAAGCAACGGUAAUGCUAAUGGGAACGGGAACGGUGGAGGAAGGAAUGGAAAUGGUAAUGGAAAUGGCAAUGCAGGAGGCAACAACGGCAACGGAAAUGGGAACGGAAACAGCGGAGGCAACAACGGCAACGGAAAUGGGAACGGAAACAGCGGAGGCAACAACGGCAAUGGCAAUGGCAAUGGCAACGGAAACAGCGAUAGCAAUGCAAGCAACGGCGUUAAACGAAAGAGGCCUCCAUACGACGCGGCUUCGACAAAUUAUAUUGUAGUAACCCCACUGCCAAACACAGGGCAAGAAAGAUCUUUCUGCCAAGCAAGGGGAAAAUGCCUCUACAAGACCCUCACCUGCCCUGCUGAGUGCCCGCAGAGGAAGCCGAAGAAGAACAAGAAGAACAAGGGAUGCUUCGUCGACUGCAGCAGCAAAUGUGAAGCCACCUGCAAAUGGAGGAGGCCUAAGUGCAAUGGCUACGGCUCCCUAUGCUACGACCCUCGUUUUGUGGGAGGGGAUGGCGUAAUGUUCUACUUCCACGGAUCCAAAGGCAGCGACUACGCCAUUGUAUCCGACGAGAAUCUCCACAUUAACGCUCACCUCAUCGGGACUAGGCCACAGGGGAGGACUCGUGACUACACAUGGGUUCAAGCCCUCUCCGUCAUGUUUGAUUCCCACACAUUGGUCAUAGCAGCCAGGAAACUCUCACAUUGGAGUGACAACGUCGAUGCGAUUUUAUUCAAGUGGAACGGCCACCCAAUAAGCAUCCCCAGAGACGGGGAGGCCGAGUGGAGGGUGGACACGGGAGAAAGAGAUGUUACAGUUGAGAGGACGGACGAUGUCAACACGGUGAGAGUGAGCGUGACAGGGCUGGUGGAGUUGGACAUAAGGGUGGUCCCCAUCGGAAAAGAGGAGAAUCGGGUUCACAACUAUCAGUUACCCAAUGAAGAUGCGUACGCUCAUCUGGAGACGCAGUUCAAGUUGUUGGAUCUUUCGGAGGGAGUUGAGGGAAUUCUCGGGAAGACGUACAGGCCAGGAUACGUGAGCCCGGCCAAGAGAGGGGUGCCGAUGCCGAUGGUCGGAGGAGAAGAUGACUACUUCACGCCCUCGCUCUAUUCGCCUUCCUGCAAGGUUUGCAUAUUCCAGAGGCCUUCAUCGGAUGCUGUUGCAGUAGCCUGAUUUUUCAAAUAUAUAUAUAUAUUCAUCCCAUAUCAAUAAAUUAUAAUUGUAUUAUCAUCCAUUUCAAUUAAGAAAUUGUAAGUUCAUUUUUAUUAUAUUUACAACAUAAUUUGAAGUGUAUGACU